AUGUUAAGACUAAUACGGAUAAGGAGGUAUUCCAAUAAUGAUGGCUUACGCCAAACGUUUUAUCGUUUGACUUCAUCGCAGGCUCAAGACCUCAAGUUCGAUUCAGAAACCUUUCAAUUCAAGGCAUCGCAUAAUAAAUCCUCUCUCCCCUUUGAUAUCAGAAGACAUGGCGAACAGUUUGGUCAACUUGUAAGAAGUGAUAUAUUGGAUAGAGAGAACCUUCUAAAUGAGGAUGAGUCAGGAGUUGUUAUCAAAGAAGCAGAACAAGUAUCUGAAUUCAGAAAUGCAGAUGGUUCCUUUGUUAAAGGUACUACUUCUCAAGAGGCAAGACUCGAUGAUGCAACUAUAAAAGGACGAGUCGAUAGAAAAGUCAGUACUCUUCCCUAUGAAAUAGCCAAAACAAUCAAUGAGAACAUCUUGAGUCUUCACAUCCCUGCGAGAUUACGGGAAAGAGUUGCAAGCAUUUAUGAGUCACUUGGAAAGGAUCAAAUUCAAAAGGCGCCGGAAAACAAAAUUGAUGCGGAUGCUUAUCUAGCUGGCUUAUUUCUUCAAAACUAUAGUCAUGUUCAUCAUGUAUUGUUAGAUUUACAGAAAAGAGUUGGGAAGGAUAACUUCAAACCGAAUAGAGUAUUAGAUAUUGGAUACGGACCAGGUACUGGAAUGAUUGCUUUGAAUGAAAUAAUGGAUGCCACAGAGGAUUGGAAUCCUGAAGUGAAAGACAUUUAUGUUGUGGGAAGAAAGAAUUACGAGAUGAAGAAAACAGCUAAGAUAUUACUUUCACGACAAGAAUGUGAACAAGUUUCGAGUGUGCAACAACCUACACAAACUGAAGCUGAAGAAUCUGCGGAACAACAAGACGAAAGACGUGAAACCCAUGACUCUUAUGGACCUGUAGAUGUUUCCAAAAUUAAGAUUAAGUCAAGACUUCGUGAUUCUAUUCCAUCACAGAAAAAAUAUGAUUUGAUUAUUGUGAACCAAGCACUUCUUACAAGAGAAUUUAACUUUCCAUCUGAUGUUGACACGAACAUCAAUAUGGUUCUCCGUUUAUUACAACCUGGUGGACACAUUGUUUUGGUUGAACGUGGGAACUAUGUUGGAUUUGAAACCAUUGCCCGAGCUAGGCAAAUCAUGAUUAGACCAGAGAAGUAUGAUACUGAAAUUGGGAAGAUUCCUAGACCAUAUAUCAAAGGGUCCAAUUAUAAGCCUCAGAAACUAAGAAAAGAAGAUGAGUUAAUUACUGACCAAGACAUAAAAUAUGAAGAACAAUUACUCAAAGAAUUGGAAGACAACAUUGAAUCUGGAGAGAAAUUGGCCAAAGAAUUGGAUGAAAAGUUUGGUAAAGCUACAGAAGCAGAAAUUAAACUUGAAUUUGAAGAUGAUGAUAAAUUUGAAGUUAUGACAGAAGAAGAAUCCUCGUUGAAAGGUAUUGACUAUCAUCUAUCAAUUAUAUCUCCCUGUCCUCAUCAUGGAAAAUGUCCAUUACAACUAGGAGACCCCAAAUAUUACAAAAUCCCGUCACAUAAGCACCGGUUAAGCUUCUGUUCGUUUUCCAAAGUGGUAGAAAGACCCAAGUAUACUAUGGAAUUGAAGAGAGGUAAGCUUUUAUCAACCAAAUGGGAUAAAAGUGCUGAAGAUGGUAGAGGUUUAGAUAAAAUGACCAAGAAGCAACUGAAGGCAUAUGAGGGAAGCGGAAGACCAGGAAGCAAGAAUACUGAAAAUGGGUCAUUCUCAUAUUUAAUUGCUCAAAGAUCGUUGAAUGAUUCUGAUACAUUAGCUAAGAUUGAACACCAACGGUCAUAUAACUCCGAGACUGCUAAAUUAGACUUGAAUGACCCUAAUAAUUGGCCUAGAAUCAUUCAGAACCCGGAUAAAAUAAAGAAUAAUGUCAAGUUACCAAUGUGUGCCCCCUCGGGGAAGAUUGAGACAUGGACAGUCCCCAAAUCACUUGGGAAGCAAGCGUACCAUGAUGCUCGCAAAGCCGAACGAGGGGAUUUAUGGGCUUUGGGGAAGAAGAGCGUUAUAGUGAAGAACACUUUGAGUGAGAAGAAUAAAGAAAAGUUGGAAACUCUUGCAAAGACCGAAAAGAAGGUUUUUAUGAAGGAAGAAAGAAAGAGAAAGAUGAAGAAGGUUAUCAGUGCCAAUCCUGAGAUCUUUGAGAAGUCUGUAUUUGAGAUUGCAGAUGAAUAUGCCACUCAAUUGGAACUGUCCAAGAAGUACAGACAAAAGGGAAGAAAGAUGAAGUUAGACGUUGAUGUGACACAAUAUGAAGGUAUGUGA